UCAUAUCGUAACUGAUACUCAAGAAAAGGAUGAACGUAGUGAGCAGAAUUUCUCAACUUUGAUUUAUGGUUCUCGUUGGACUAUUGAACCUAUUCCAAAAUAUUCAUUACCUGACAAAGAAAUGCCCCCACAUGUCGCCUAUAAGCUCAUUAAAGAUGACCUUCAGUUGGAUGGUAAUCCGGUGUUGAAUUUGGCAUCUUUCGUUACUACUUACAUGGAAGAUGAGGCUGAAGAGUUAAUGAAAGAAAAUCUAUCAAAAAAUUUUAUCGAUUUUGAAGAGUAUCCUGUGUCUGUUGAAUUACAGAAUCGAUGCGUUAGCAUUAUUGCUCGCCUCUUUAAUGCUCCAGUGGAUGAAUCAAUAGGUGUUUCAACUAUAGGCUCUUCAGAAGCCAUUAUGCUUGCUGUAUUGUCAAUGAAAAGAUUAUGGAAAAACAGGAGAAUUUCCGAAGGAAAGCCUGUCGAUAAGCCGAAUUUAGUAAUGGCAGCAUCGGUUCAAGUUUGCUUGGAGAAAGCAACUAGAUAUUUUGAAAUCGAAGAAAAAUUCGUUUAUCUAACAGAAGAUACAUACGUUCUACAACCAGAAAAGGCUGUUGAGCUUGUAGACGAAAACACAAUCGGUGUUUGCGUUAUAUUAGGAUCGACAUUCACUGGACAUUAUGAAGAUGUGAAAUCAGUUAAUGAUCUUUUACUAGCCAAAAAUCAAAAAAAUGGUUGGGAUGUACCGAUUCAUGUUGAUGCUGCAUCUGGUGGAUUUGUUGCCCCUUUUGUGAACCCCGAUCUUGUUUGGGAUUUCAGGUUAACAUCUUUCAUUAGUUUAGAUAUUCGCAAUGAUAUAGUGGCAGUCAUUUCCCCGACAGCUAAGGUUCAUGGUAUAUUAAAUUGCUCGUAUAAUCAUAGACUCGAAUUGGUCCGAUCUAUAAACGUUUCGGGUCAUAAAUAUGGAUUAUGUUACCCGGGUAUUGGAUGGGCCAUUUGGAAAUCACGAAAGUACUUGCCUGAAGAGUUGAUUUUUAACGUGAAUUAUCUUGGAUCUGAUCAAGCUUCUUUCACCUUAAAUUUUUCCAAAGGCGCUUCAAACGUGAUUGCCCAGUAUUAUGUGCUAAUUCGACUUGGACGUCAAGGAUUUACCUCGAUUAUGAAAAAUUUGAUGAGCAUUGCUGAUUAUCUGGCUGCCAGGAUAGAGGCCACAAAUAAAUUUACUAUUUUGAGUGAUAGAAAUGGUAACGGAUUACCUCUUGUGGCUUUUAAGUUGAAAGCCAAGGAUAUACAUUACGAUGAGUAUGAUGUUGCCCAACGUAUUCGUGAGCAUCAAUGGAUUGUACCAGCCUAUACUAUGGCACCGAAUAUCCAACAUGUUAAAUUAUUACGCGUUGUUGUGCGUGAAGAUUUUUCGCGUGAACGAU